AUGCCUCUUACAUCUUCCCGUGCCCACCGCACUACGGCUACUCCCCGCACCACGCGGACUACCCGCUCUAGUACCGCCCAUCCAAGCCUCAAGAGCAAGCUCCUAGGCGGCGGCACCAACCGACGCACUGCCACCAAGCGCAAUCCUGUGACUGGCUCCACCACAACCACAACCACAACGACCAAGACCACGAGAACAACUGGCGGUCCUCACACUGCUGGCCACCACACUACCGCUACUCCGGUUCACCACCACAAGCGCCAUGCUACCAUGGGCGAUAAGGUCUCUGGCGCCCUCACUAAGCUCAAAGGCUCUCUUACUGGCAGGCCUGGUGUCAAGGCUGCUGGCACUCGUCGUAUGCACGGUACUGAUGGCCGCAAUGCUCGUCGCGUCUACUAA